AUGGUUCUUCCUACCGCACUGCAAGACUUCCUCACCACCGCUGCCUCCACCCCUAAUCUCUCCUUCUACCUAAACGGCACCCCCAUCGUCCUCGCCAACCCUAACCCCCACUGGACCCUCCUCGACUUCAUCCGCUCCCAGCAUGGCCUGAAGGGCACCAAGCUGGGCUGCGGCGAAGGUGGGUGCGGUGCUUGUACGGUCGUGCUGCAGACCCGCGACGGGCGCGCCCAGAUUCGCCAUCGCGCCGUGAACGCCUGUUUGUAUCCGCUGAUUGGAGUGGCCGGAAAGCAUGUCAUCACUGUUGAAGGACUGGGGAACGUGGAUCAUCCCCAUCCGCUUCAGGAAAGGCUGGGGAAGCUCCAUGGGUCGCAAUGUGGUUUCUGUACCCCGGGUAUAGUCAUGUCGCUAUAUGCGCUCGUGCGAAAUGCAUACGAUCCCAAGACUGGACAAUUCAAUUUGACAGAGGAUGAUAUCGAGAUGAAGGGCCACCUGGAUGGCAAUCUGUGUCGGUGCACCGGAUACAAGCCCAUUUUGCAGGCAGCCAAGACGUUUGUCCAGGAGGAUCUCCAGGCCCGGCUGGCUGUGUGCACGCGACCUUCAGACAUGGAAACUCCGAUUGAGUCUGAAUCGGAUACAUCGCGGCCGCAGUCCUGUGGGCGCCCAGGCGGAUGCUGUCGUGAUACUCCUGGGUCGUCUUGCUCGUCUUCUUCGGAUCGAGACAGCAGUCGCACCAGUAUUUCGACCCCAGAUACAGAGCCAGAGAAGGACCUGGCCAACAACACCGUACCACAAUUUGACUUCAAGCCGUACAUUCCGAACACCGAGCUCAUUUACCCUCCGGCCCUGACCAAGGCCACUCCGCAGCUCGUCUGCUACACUGACGACCGCAAGGCCUGGCUGCGUCCGGUGACACUCGCCCAAACCUUGGACAUUUUGGCCCGUUGCCCAUCUGCCACCCUUGUCGGGGGUGCCAGCGAAGUCCAAGUCGACAUCCGGUUCAAAGGCGCUGAGUUCGCCGUAUCCGUCUUUAUCGGCGACCUUGACGAGCUGUCAUACAUUAGGCCCGUCGAGAAAGACGGCACCAUCACUGAACUCAUCAUCGGCGGCAAUACGCCCCUCAGCGACAUCGAAGCCGAAUGCAACCGACUGACCCCAGACCUAGGGGACCGAGGCUCCGUCCUCUCAGCCACAUCUAAAGUCCUGCGCUACUUUGCAGGACGCCAGAUCCGCAACGCGGCUUCACUAGCCGGAAACAUCGCCACGGCGUCGCCCAUCUCGGACAUGAACCCAGUGCUCCUAGCCAUCAACGCCACCAUCGUCGCGCGCACCUCAACCCAGGAAACCACUAUCCCCAUGGCCAACAUGUUCCUAGGCUACCGCAAGACCGCCCUCCCCAAAGACAGCAUCAUCACCUCGAUCCGCAUUCCCCUCCCACCGCCGGGGACCCGCGAACUCACCAAGUCCUACAAACAAGCCAAGCGCAAAGACGACGAUAUCGCCAUCGUGACCGCCGCCUUCCGCGUGCGCCUCGCCCCAGACAACACCGUGAGCGAAAUCGCCCUUGCCUACGGUGGCAUGGCUCCAACGACCCUCCUAGCCAAACAGGCCAUGACCGUCCUACAGGGCAAGAAAUGGGGCGUGCAAGCCGUUCUAGACAGCACGCUUGACGCCCUCCUCGAGGACUUCAACCUACCCUACUCUGUCCCUGGUGGAAUGGCACACUACCGGCGCACCCUGGCCACAUCUCUCUUCUUCCGCUUCUGGCACGAAGUCAUCUCCGACUUCAACCUCACCUCCACAGCCGCCGACCCCUCCAUCGCGACCGAAAUUCACCGCAACAUCUCUCACGGCACGCGCGACAACCACAACCCGCACGAACAACGCGUUGUCGGCAAACAACUUCCCCACCUAUCCGGUCUGAAGCACGCCACCGGCGAAGCCGAAUACGUCGAUGACAUGCCCCCGCAGCACCGGGAACUCUUCGGCGCGAUGGUGUUAUCGCAGCGCGCCCACGCCAAGCUCCUCUCCGUGGACUGGACGCCCGCGUUGCAGCCGGGCUUGGCCCUGGGGUACAUAGACCAUACCAGUAUCCCGGCGGAGAAGAACAUCUGGGGACCAGUGGUGAAGAACGAGCAGUUCUUCGCGGUGGAUGAGGUGACGGCGCACGGGCAGCCGAUUGGGCUGGUGUAUGCGGAGACGGCGCUGCAGGCGCAGAUGGCGGCGAGGGCAGUGAAGGUAGAAUAUGAAGAUUUGGAGACGAUACUUACCAUUGAUGAAGCGAUUGAGAAGGGUAGCUACUGGCCUCAUGGGAAGCAGUUGAGGAAAGGGGUAGCUGUGACGCCGGAGAAGAUGAAGGAUGUUUUUGACAAGUGUGACCGGGUCUUCGAGGGUGUUAUCCGUAUGGGUGGACAGGAGCACUUUUAUCUGGAGACGAAUGCUGCGGUCGUUAUUCCUCAUUCGGAGGAUGGGAGUAUGGAGGUCUGGUCGUCGACCCAGAAUACGAUGGAAACCCAAGAAUACGUCAGCCAAGUGACUUCCGUCCCAGCGUCGCGCAUCAACGCACGAGUGAAACGCAUGGGCGGCGCCUUUGGCGGCAAGGAAUCCCGCAGCGUGCAACUCGCCUGUCUACUAGCCAUCGCAGCUAAGAAGACCAAGCGCCCGAUGCGCGCUAUGCUCAACCGCGACGAAGACAUGAUCACUUCUGGCCAGCGUCACCCCUUCCAAUGCCGCUGGAAGGUAGGUGUCAUGAACGAUGGGAAACUUGUCGCCCUCGACGCAGAUGUCUACAACAACGCGGGAUUCUCUUUGGACAUGAGCGGUGCCGUGAUGGACCGGUGCUGCACCCACAUCGAGAACUGCUAUUACUUCCCGCAUGCGCAUAUCCGCGGGUGGGUGUGCAAGACGAACACGCAUAGUAAUACUGCAUUCCGUGGAUUCGGUGGGCCACAGGCCAUGUUCAUUGCGGAGAGUUACAUGUCUGCUGUUGCGGAGGGGUUGGGGAUGGAUAUUGAUGAGUUGCGGAUGAAGAAUUUGUAUACUCAGGGGCAGAGAACGCCAUUCCUGCAGGAGAUCGACCAGGACUGGCACGUUCCUAUGCUGCUGGAGCAGGUUAAGAAGGAGGCGCGGUACGCAGAGCGCAAGGCCGAGAUAGCAGAGUUCAAUAAACGCCACCGCUACAGAAAGCGAGGGAUAGCCAUGAUCCCAACGAAAUUCGGCAUCUCCUUCGCGACUGCAGUCCAUCUCAACCAAGCCGGCGCAAACGUCAAAAUCUACACCGAUGGCUCAGUACUUCUCAACCAUGGUGGAACCGAGAUGGGCCAGGGCCUGUAUACGAAGAUGGUGCAGGUCGCGGCGCAGGAACUGGGUGUUCCGGCGGAGAGCGUCUACACGCAGGACAGCUCGUCGUACCAGACAGCGAAUGCGUCUCCGACUGCUGCCUCGUCGGGAAGUGAUUUAAAUGGAAUGGCGGUUAAGGAUGCGUGCGACCAGUUGAAUGAGCGGCUGAAGCCGUAUCGGGAGAAGUUCGGCAAGGAUGCUGAUAUGGCGACGAUGGCGCACGCGGCGUAUCGCGAUCGGGUCAAUCUGGCGGCGAGUGGGUUUUGGAAGAUGCCUAAGGUAGGGUAUCAGUGGGGGACGUAUGAUGUGGAGAAGGUGAAGCCGAUGUAUUAUUAUUUUACGCAGGGCGUUGCGUGCACCGAGGUCGAGCUUGAUCUGCUUACGGGUGAUCAUACUGUGCUACGCACGGAUAUUAAGAUGGACGUGGGAAGGUCCAUUAACCCUGCUAUUGACUAUGGGCAGAUUGAGGGUGCGUUUGUCCAGGGACAGGGACUGUUUACGAUGGAGGAGACUCUCUGGACGCAGGGAGGGCAGCUAGCGACACGGGGACCGGGGACGUAUAAGAUUCCCGGGUUCAGUGAUAUCCCGCAGGAGUUCAAUGUCAGUUUCCUGCAAGGUGUGUCGUGGAGUCAUCUGCGCUCAAUCCAGAGCAGCAAGGGUAUUGGAGAGCCGCCGCUGUUCAUGGGGUCGUCGGUGUUGUUUGCCUUGAGGGAGGCGUUGAAGAGUGCGAGAGCGGACUUCGGUGUGCAAGGGCCGUUGGUGCUGGAUAGUCCGGCUACGGCGGAGAAGUUGAGGCUGGCGGUGGGAGAUGACUUGGUGAAGAAGGCAGAGGUGAAGAGGAAGGAGGGAGAGAAGGGGUUCUUUGUUGCUGUUGCAUGA